CAAACCACCACAAGCAAAAGGCAAAAAGUUGAUACCAAACAACGAAAUCAAAAAAUGGAGGAAGAGGGAGACACGCCAUUUUUUUGGCUCCAAACCACCGAUAACCGUCGUGAUCGCCGCCGCCGCAGCAGCAGCCGCGGUGGCGGCCAAUCCUCAUCUUUCUUUUUCAAUACCGGUUUUUUGGUAAUCCUCCUUGUAUUCGUCGCCUUGGCUUUUAUUUUCUUCGUCAUCCCUUCUUUUCUCUCCUUCACUUCCCAAAUUUUUAGUCCUCAUUCCGUAAAGAAAGGAUGGAAUUCUCUUAAUUUUGUGUUGGUGCUGUUCGCCAUCGUCUGUGGAUUUUUGAGCGGAAAUGGAAGCGGAGAUGACAACGGCGGCUCCGAGGGAAGAAGUUCGUUUGCUCCUGGUCAAAGAUCGAAUUCGAACUCAUCAACACCUCGUCAAUGGUAUGAGUUUUCAGAUCGAAAUUCUUUGAGGAGGAUGAGGAGUUGCAAUUCCUAUCCAGAUCUUCGGCUGGAGUCGUCGUGGAUGGUGGAUGAUGAUCGCCGGCGAUUUUAUGAUGAUACUGGUGUCUAUGAUUACGGUGGGUCCAGUUCGAAUCAGCUUUAUCAUCGGAGGUCAUGGGGACAGCGUGAGGACGAAGGGGGAUUUGGCAGCACACCAAAGGACAUAGUUAUUGAUAGCAUCGUGACUGAAGCGCAACGGCGUGUUUCACAUGCUGCUCCGCGUCAUCAGUUUCCUUCGCGCCCACAAUCGCCGCCAGCUCAGCCUGUUCCACCUCCAUCACCGCCGAGGCCAGUAUCGCAGCCACCACAGCCAGAAUCACCCCCGCCUGCGCCACCAUCGCCUCCACGACCAGCUCCUAACGCCGUGAGGAGAAAACCGAAGCGGACAUACCAAGAUCUUGCAUCAACAAAUCCUCAGCAACAAACUCCGUCUACACCUCCGCCUCCGCCACCACCGCCUCCACCAUUGUUUGAAAAGAGUAGUAAAAGUGAAAAAAAGAGAGGCAGCGCUACAAAAGAUUUCUUGAAUUCACUCAGAAGAAAGAAGAAGAAGCAGAGACAGAGGAGUGUAGAAAAUCUCGAUGCUCUGUUUAACCCCGAACCUUCAUCUUCUACUCUGCCUCUGUAUCCGCCACCGUCACCUCCUCCGCCACCUCCGCCACCACCUCCGCCUGCCUUUUUCCACAACAUCUUUUCGGGCAAGAAAAGCAAGGCUAAGAAAACACCCUCCCCAGCUCACGCACCAUCGCUGCCUCAACCAAAACCACUGGAAGCACGGGCGUCAAGGGUGGUAACCCAGAAAGCGCCAGUGACAACUAGUAAACCUCCACUGCCUGUAAAGAUAAGCAGCAUUACCAACGUGGAAGAGAGCACAGACAGUGGCAACGACUCACCAUCGAUCCCCAUUCCACCGCCGCCGCCUCUGCCACCAUUCAAAAUGCCGGAAUGGAAAUUUGUAGAGCAGGGUGACUUUGUCCGGCUAAAAAGCUUCCAGAGUUCCCGUAGUGGGUCACCGGAUUCGGACGGGGUUGAGGAUCCAUUGAGUGGUGAAUCGAGCCCAUCAAAUGGUAAAAAGGGUGAAUCGGACGGUGGAGAUUCAUCGGCGGCGAUGUUCUGCCCCAGCCCCGACGUAAACACCAAGGCUGAUGACUUCAUAGCGAGAUUCAGAGCAGGUUUGCAGCUGGAGAAGAUGGAUUCUGUGAAACGAAGAGGAAGGUCCAAUCUUGGGCCAGACCCAGCCCCAAGCUCAAGCCGAGACAGCCUUUAACCAUAAGCCCAAGACCUAAGUUGAGUUUGGCCUUUUCUUUUCAUUUUUUAGUCCUAAACCCCCCCCCCCCCCCCACCCUUCUUUUUUUUUGGAUUAAAAAUAUGUUUCUUCGAGGUUUUUUUCAGAUGUCUAUAUAUUUAUUGAAGACUUGAAGUAGUUGAAAUGCACCAGGAGAGUUGUAAUGCAGUUGGAUGGAUGUGUUAUUUCUAUUUUUUGUUUUGAACUAACAAUUUGUUACAAUUUGUUAAUGUACAUUUACAGCAUGUAUGAUGAAGAAGAAUGAAUAUUCCUUUUCCUU